AUGGGGCCCAAAUCGAUUCUCCCCUUAAUCCUCCAAUUCCUCAUCUUGCCUUUCCUCGCCCUCGCAGCAUGCGACUACGGCCCGGACACAUGUCUGCAAGGAUACGUCUGGCGUGAGGCCUUUGCUGGCGACCACGUCUGCGUGCCGCCCAGCAGUCGCACGGCGGCCAAGGCCGACAACGCGGCCGCCGCCUCGCGCAUCCAGCUCGUCGGCGGCAACGUGGGGCCCGGCGUGUGCAAAUCCGGCUUCGUCUGGCGAUCCGCCCGUCCCCUCGACCGCGUGUGCGUCACCCCGGCCACCCGCACCCGCACCGCCCAAGAGAACGACGAGGGUCCCUUCCGCGUGGUUUGCAACUGCAGCUUGCCCCUCUACACUUACACCCAGCGCUGGUUCGGGACCGCGCCUUUCUGCUCUGGGUCGUGCCCCGCAGAGUGGACGGCCAUUCGGCGGGCCUCGAGCGGAGGCGGCUGCGAGCGUAGUCGAAAGGGGUUGUGCAUCAACUGCGAGGCUGCCUUUGGGAGUAGCUGCGCUUUUGGCACCAAGGUCUUGUGCGAGUCCAAUAUUGCCUCCGUUACCCAAUCGUGA